AUGACGAAGGGAAGUGAGCGAGGAAGCACAGACCCACCACCAUGGCAAAGACUACGUCGACCCCCCGCCGGCUCCCCUCCUCGACAUGGGCGAGCUCAGCUCUGGUCCUUCUACAGGGCCCUCAUUGCGGAGUUCAUCGCCACCCUCCUCUUCCUCUACGUCACCGUCGCCACCGUCAUCGGCCACAAGAAGCAGACCGGGCCGUGCGACGGCGUCGGCCUCCCUCGGCAUCGCCUGGGCCUUCGGUGGCAUGAUCUUCUUCUCGUUUACUGCACUGCUACAGCAUAUCCAGUGCAAGAACUCUUCAAAGAUUUGCAUCUUUUGUUGAUGGGCUUCGAGGUGUUCUUUGUGCUUCAUUUGUAUGGCUCUCGUGUUCACAACCUUCGUGGACACAUCAACCCGGCUGUGACAUUCGACUAUUUUUGGCAAGGAAAGGCAUUCAUGAAGCCCUUCUACAACUCGCUCGGAGGUGGUGCCAACUCGGUGGCUACGGGCUACAGCACUGGCACGGCUUUGGGUGCUGAGAUCAUCGGCACUUUCGUGCUGGUUUACACCGUGUUCUCGGCCACUGACCCAAAGAGGAGCGCUCGUGACUCUCACGUGCCGGUAUGUACAACUUACUAG